AUGCAGACCCGUCGGUUGCAUGUCUCUGGGCUCACACCUGCAAUUUCUCAAGCAGAUCUCACCGCCCGUUUCAGCAUCUUUGGCACCGUAACUGCCAUCGACGGUCUUGGGACUCUUGAUGCCCUCGGCCAGCCUCGCAAAUUCGCCUUUGUCUCGCUCGAGACAACGUCGGACAAGUAUUCGAAAUGCCUAAACGUCUUGUCCGGUUCGACCUGGAAGGGUACCCGUUUGCGCAUUGGAGAGGCUAAACCAGAUUUUCAAGCAAGGCUCGAAAAGGAGCGGCAGAGCAGGACGAGCGGCCAGAGCAGGACGCGGCCAACGAAACCACGCCGUUUGCGCGGGGUGCAAGGAGUACAAAGCAAGGAUAUGAGCCUCAUAACGCUCGAUAAUGUUCACCUUCGUCGUGCAUGGAAGAAGACGGCACUGUCUCACCUGGUGAGACCAAUGAAAAUGCGCCCUUUGCAUCCCAUCGAACAACCCUCGAGUACCUUGCCCUCUACAGGGACGCAGAAGAAGAGGCGAAGGACGAUCAUUCUCACCCGAGCCAGAAGACGAAAGAUCGACCCUACUCUGUAUGGGCGCGUUCAUCUGACAGAGCGCAUGCUUGAAGCCGAACAUAUCAUCAUUCCCGUUGCGCAACGGCAUUCGCAGGCUCCGCCACCCACAGUUGAUUCAGUCCCGGCUGUGUCUGUUAACUCCGUCCGAUCUGAAUCGACCAAGCUACCACGAGACGAGAUAGGGACAGCUUUGGAAGAGGAAAAGAAAAAGGACUUAGGCAUCUUGGCGGCUCUCUUCAAUGGCAAGGACGAAUGGGAUGGUCGAGAGAGCGAUGCACUGGAAUCCUAUGACGAGGCAACGAAUAAAGAACACGGCGAACUGUCGCCGGAUGGCACAGAAGAUUCAUCUGCUUCAACUCAUUCCGAUGAAAACGACGCUACGCAGACAUCAAGCGACCAUGAGGCACAUGGACAGUCAAGGGAGCCCACCCCGAAAACCAGCACAUUGAAGGACAUCUUCUCGGUAGAUGCCGCGACAACUGGGCCAACCUCCAUCCUCGCGGGGCUCGAACUCGAGUUUGCGGAAGACGACCUCGACUUUGACGCCAUGCCGGUGACUAUUGAACCCCAGUCGAUAUUGGUACAGUCUACGGUUCCUGUCACGGUCCCGGUGGAUGACACCGCUGAGCGGCGCAAACGAGGCAUAGAAGCAUUGCAAUAUUCCAAUGCGAGACCAUACUUUUUCCCACUCGGCCGUGAUGAACGGAGUCGCGGCAAUCUCAAGGACAUUUUCGCAGUCGCCGAUGCGCAGAAUUGGACUAGGGUGCUGAGUAACCCGCUGACAGCAGAAGAGGUUCGACAACGCUGGGAAGCUGACAAGUUGGCGCUAACAAGGGAUUGGAAACAACGCUAUCGGGAAGCCAGCAAGAAAGAGCGGCGUUCUGGGCAUCUUCCAUGCACCGCAUCGAGUGUGGCAUCAACCCCCACUGUCAACGAGAUGACGAAGAAUGGUCUGCCGAAAAAGAUGCGCGUGGGAUACGUUUGUACUUUUGGGUCUAGAAGAGAGGAAGAGGUACUAGCGAUGGGAUCUCGCCUGCCUUUACUGGGACUUCUGACCUCGUCUGUAUCCGGUGCUACCACGUUAUUAGACUUUACCACGGGUCGUGCUCGAGAGGUGGUGAUUGAUGGGCAAGCCAAAGUUCUGGACACCGUCUCGGGCGGAGGACGCAAAAAGUGCGACGAGCAAUGCGACGACAGUUCUGGCCAAUGUCAUACUUGUAAAAGACUGAAAAUCCGAUGCAUCGGAUGGGGGGAUACCCCUCCAGACUGGGUCAAAAAUCCUGAUCACGUCAAAGCGUUUAAAGAUUCCAUAAAGGGGAAAACCUUGUCCCACAUCCGCUCUUUCAGUGCGCCAUCGAUGGACACUGCCUUUUUGGCACCCAAAGACGUGGACGAAGAGUCACCCACAGACAACCCUACUGAUUUCCGCAGUCCGCAAUCCGAGAGAGGGGCCGCCUCUUUGCCAACAAUUUCGCCCACCCUCCCAGUCCAUAAAAUGGUUGAAAGCGCAAAACGGCGAUGGAGCUAUCGCACCUUUGUUGAUACGGCACAGGUCCUAUUCGGAAAGGCACAAGUGCCUCAGGAUUGCAUGCUUGCCAUUCAGCAAACAGUCGAGUUAGGCCGUUGGAAGCAAAACGAGCUCGACAAGUGUCUCAGCUACCGUACUCUGGCACGAUGCGCUCUUCAUCUUGAGAGGUUGCUGGAUCAACGGCUCCAAUUGGCUCUGUUGCACAGCUCUGUGUUGCCUGCAGAGAAUCCGACCACCAAGGUUGAGAAGAGCGACUUUCUCCAGCUGUAUACGCAUUUUAACGAAGAUGACAUGCUAUAUCAAGGCACGUUGGAAAUAUUGAUGCAGAGUCCGGCACUAACUCUGGCCCUAGGUGGACAUUCUUGGUCUGGCGGUGAAAGUUAUGUCUCGCUGGAUGAUGUGUAUCCACCAUUGGCCCCUUCUUCACUCCUAAUAUCAUCAAAGUCGCAGUCCCAGGAGUUGGAGAGCAAAACCUUGCCAAGUGGGGAAUCGCCUGUCGCGUUGCCCUAUUUGACAGCGUUGCUGUUUCUACACGCCGUAGUAUCUGGGUUUAGCCCAAAUGUUCCAGAAAUAAUGGAGACGACCCAGCGUAUCCUCGUUAUCCUGAGGGCGCCAAACCAGAACAUUACUCUCUUGCAAAGACUGCCUGCUACUGCGCUGGUAGCACGCCUCUCCGAGGACAAGCACGCCAAAGAGCUGUUUGAUGACCUUUUACUGAGGCUAGAAGACCCAGCACUGGUCCAGACUGCGAGGUUGUUGUCGGGUCUAGGUGAACCGGCGGAAAGCUCGCAUCUGUAA